CCUCCAUCCUGCCAUUACUUGGGAUUGGGACGCACGGCACCAAAAACAAUUCCAUCCAUUCCAUCAGGCAGAUUCAGCCUCCAGAUUCCAUGCCAUUCAAUCUCCCUUCCCUCGCCCCGUCGCUCCCUCUCUGCGCUUCUCUGGACUCAUAAAGCCAUCAGGCAACCGCGCUAGCCUCAGAGGCAGCCGCAGCCAGGACUCCAAGCCUCAGUGGCAACCCCCGUUCGGCCCAUCACCAUACAAAAGGCUGUUCCCUGCACUCGUCGGCUUCCAUUUCUUUCGUUCAUGAAACAACUUUUGCGGACUUUGGUCCAUGUGCUGUCUCCCGAAUUCCAUCUCGAUGUUCACCUAACCCUUCACGCGCCAUGACUUCCUCCGCAACCCAGGUGGCCGUGAAUCAGGCCCCAGAUCUUCCCAAUGAAAUCCUUUUGCUCAUCAUCCAAAGAUGCCCUCGAUCCACCUUGAAACGUCUGCGGUUGGUCUCUAAGAAUCUCGCUCAUAUGGUUGAACCUUAUCUCUGGCGCAAAGUGGUUCUGGUUCCAAACGACCAUUGUAUCCUUGGCCUGUACAGAGCGUUGAAGCGCUCAAAGAUCACUCGUCAUGUCACGACGUUGACGUAUGAUGGCCGCUUUGGUUCCUUCUUCCACUGCGUCAAGGGGAUUCCGCCAGACCCAACCCUCCCAUAUCCCGAAGAGGAACAGCACAAGGAAGCAGCCCUGCUCGACCGCACCUGCGCUGGCCACUUCAAACCUUAUGAAGAUGUCUCUAUUGAAGUUGCCAUCCUCUCGAGGGCCUUGCGAAUCUUGCCAAACCUGCAGGGGGUUCGCGUCAAAGACCACGAAGAUGGCUCCUCGAUCCCAGCGGCCAAGGUUCCCUCAUUCUAUCGCAAGAUUUGCAAACGCCUCAGAGUCAACCCAGAGACGGUCAAUUGGAAUUCUAUGGCGGGCACGACUGGAAGAUCCUACACAAAGGGAUUUCUGACCGCCGCUUUCUCGGCUGGCUGCCGCCUUCAAACCUUCGAGGCCAAAAACAUCGAUGGCCGUUCGAUGUUUGGUGUCGUGCCCAUCAAGGCGCCCUCGGCACUCCAACAACUUCGUAUUUGUCGGACUAUCACCGAGAACCUCCACGCCCUGGAGCUCUCGUUCCGCAAUGACACAUUGAUUAGUACCGCCAAUCACAUCGAGGCAGUUCGCUCCCUCUUAGAAGGCGCCCCGAGAAUCAAGACACUGAGGCUGCGGCUGACGGAUUGCAGUGCCAAUCGUUACCAGUAUGCCGAGGAUGAUUUGAUUUCGGAUUUUUGUGGCCUACUGGAAACUUCCGCUGGAACAUGGACGUCGGUGCCUCUUGUCCCAAGAUUGGAGACGUUGAUUGUCGAUGCAUGCAUCUGCCAUGAUGAGGACCUGAUUCACUUCCUGAAGAUCCACGCCCCCACCCUACGACGGUUGGAAUUAUCCAAUGUGACUCUCCUCGGGGGUGAAGACCGUCGAGAAUGUUGGGUUCGACUGAUCAAGCACCUGAAGACAGAUCUAAAACUCACUUCGAUAUCUUUCAGCGGAUGGCUCAGUAAUGGGGGAAGACAGCAAUGGUUUGUGGCAAAAGAUACUGUGGGUACAGACAGGUUGAAGGCUAAAGUGGAAGCCUAUGUUACCGACCGACGGAUUCGAGCAUGCCCCCUCGAGUCGAUCGCCAUACAACCAAAUCAAGGUGACGUCGAGCAACCGUCAGAUGGAGAAGAGUUUGAGGGAGACCUGACCUGGACCAUGGUCUACUCUAAUCACACAGGGGAGCAAAUGGAUUGGCAGCUAACCCAGCCAUCAUUCGGCGUCCAUUCAAACGAGGCAUCCCAACCACCAUCGGAGUCGGGUGAUGUCAACUCGCUAGAGCAGACCAAUUCUGAGGGCUGGAUAGAGCAUGCCGGUGAGGAAGGAGACGACUCGGAACCGGACGAGCCUGUGAACGUCGAGCCUCCCUUUUCUUAUGAGACCGUCGAAGUCGCAAAUUUGAUUGACGGGAGUACCUUCACGUACCAGUCUUUGCCGCUUACAUCAUCCACGGUCACAGUUUACAAAUUUACCCAGUCUACCCAGUCUACCCCGGCAGCUUGGAAGCCUGUCGCAAUCCCCGCGGAGAUCUUUUUCGAUGAUGCUCCUCCCCCGGAUUACCCUCCCAAGUACUGAUGGGGACCACCAAAGGGUUGGUCCAGUGUUCUGACGCCUGUGCAGCAUCUUCGCAAUGGUAAAGGGCACCUUGUGGCAGUUCGUGUGCUUCUUGUUGAUAAGUUGUUUAAAAUGGUUAGUCACGGAGAUUCCUUCUUUCAUGUAACGCAGCUGGCGGACAGGACAAGCUUGGUGCGCCGUGGAUUGUCCAUAUUCUCGGGUCCAUAUUUGUAGAUUCGGGGGUUCGAAUUUUGCGGUCAAGGUUCAAGGAGUCAACUUUGGAAUGGGGAGGCUCUGCUGCGUUGGAAUAACGAAGAUCACGACAUGACGAUGGGAAUGCAUCACAUAAUGAAAAAAGGAAAUGGAACCUGGCCACGGGGUUGAUUGUAUUAUUUGAUAAACGACACUGGUAUCGAAGUCUUUGGCCGGUUUAAUUACACUGGAAUUUGCAA